AUGAUGAACAGCAUCAAGUCGGCUCUCUUCUCCGGCCACCGUCCGCAUCCCUUCGCGGCGGCGGCGGCGGCGGUCCCGCAGCAGCAGCUGGGGGGCGCUGCGCCGUUCCACUCCACACCCGUUCUGCAGCGGAAGCGCAAGACCCAGUGGCACAAUAGAUUCAACUAUUAUACGAGACGUAGGAAGAACAGAGAAACUAAAAGGUCGAUGCUACGGAACAUGUCAGAGUAUGCAGAGCAUCUUUUCCAGAGUUGGCGUGAUGAAGAUGAGAAAAAUGAUGCAUCUAGUGGGCCUUCAUGGUUUAGAGGACAUCGCUGGGUCAGGAAUUCAAACAACAAUGGUUUCCGUACACAUGAUUUUUAUUCUGGGAAUUUCGGAAGCAAAGGAGGAUUUGAUUUUUGCACGAGUGAUGAGGAUGAACCAGAGAAUCUGUUUCGUAAUGUUUUCCGAGGCCAACGCACAUAUUAUUGGUCAUUUUCAUCUGAUAAUUUUCAGAGGAACUCCAGACGUGCUCGCUCAGAAAAAUCCAGAAACUGGAGUUCUGAAACAGAAACAGACGAGGAGGAUGAAGUACCAGCUCCAUCAGAGGUAUCUUUGGCACGACAAGCUCUUGGAUUGAGCACUUCUGGUCCGCUAAAACUUGAAGAUGUUAAAAGCGCAUACCGAGCAUGCGCACUUAGAUGGCAUCCAGAUCGCCACAGUGGAUCAUCUAAGGCUACAGCGGAGGAGAAAUUCAAGCAUUGCAGCGCAGCAUACAAGACCUUAUGUGAUAGUUUCGCUGCUGCAUAG